CAUCUCUACCAGUUUGCCAGGCUCUAAGGCCGUUUGUCCUGCUCCCAUUUGCCUCCCCCUCUCUUCUAAUUGUGUGAGGUUGCAGAAACCCCAGUAAACAACUGCUAAAAUGGAGGCCAUCAAAAAGAAGAUGCUUAUGCUAAAGUUGGACAAAGAGAAUGCACUGGACCAGGCAGAACAAGCUGAAGCAGACAAGAAAGCAGCUGAAGAUAGAAGCAAACAGCAUGAAGACGAAAUUCUGCAAAUGCAAAAGAAGCUGAAGGGGACGGAGGACGAGCUUGACAAAUAUUCCGAGGCCCUGAAGGAUGCUCAGGAGAAGCUUGAGGUUGCUGAUAAGAAGGCCGCUGAUGCUGAAGCAGAAGUGGCUUCCUUGAACAGACGUAUCCAACUGGUGGAGGAAGAGUUGGAUCGAGCUCAGGAGAGACUGGCAACGGCUCUGCAGAAGCUGGAGGAGGCUGAGAAGGCUGCUGAUGAGAGCGAGAGAGGCAUGAAGGUGAUUGAGAACAGGGCUUUGAAAGAUGAAGAGAAAAUGGAGCUCCAGGAGAUUCAGCUGAAGGAGGCUAAACACAUUGCAGAAGAGGCUGACCGCAAGUAUGAGGAGGUUGCUCGUAAGCUGGUGAUUGUAGAAGGAGAGCUGGAGCGUACAGAGGAGAGGGCAGAGCUGGCUGAGGCGUUGCAGAGAUGUAAAUGUGUGCUUAAUAUAGAAAUUGAUAUGGAGACUCAUAGAUUUGGAUGUAAAUACUGUUGUGUCUCACCACAGUACUCUCAAAAGGAGGACAAAUAUGAGGAAGAGAUAAAGAUCCUGACUGACAAGCUGAAAGAGGCUGAGACCCGAGCUGAGUUUGCUGAGAGAUCUGUGGCCAAGCUGGAGAAGACUAUUGAUGAUUUGGAAGAUGAGCUUUAUGCGCAGAAGCUAAAGUACAAAGCCAUCAGUGAGGAACUGGACCACGCCCUCAAUGACAUGACCUCUAUGUAA